AUGUCACUCUUCCUGCGCUUCCUGUCCUGCGCCAUCAUGAGAUUCACCCUCACGGCCGCCACCCUGCCGCCCACGGAGCCCCCACUGAUACCCGAGCGGCCCUUUCUUGCCGUGUGGAACGCUCGCACUGAAGAGUGUCAGCGUCUGGACAUCCCGCUGGACACCGCCGCUUUCCAGGCGGUGACCACGCCGGCCUCCAUUCCGGGCCAGUUCCUGACCAUCUUCUACGAGAACCGGCUGGGCCUCUACCCCAAGGUUGACCGGGUCAGGCAAAAACGCCACGCGGGCGGCGUCCCUCAAAACGGCAACCUGACGGCGCACCUGCUCAAGGCGAGGCGUCAAAUCCGGCGAUACAUAGCUGACGACCAAUCCCCGGGGCUCGUCGUCAUCGACUGGGAAUCCUGGCGCCCCCUUUGGGCGCAGAACUGGGGGGCCAAGCGGAUCUAUCGAAAGCUGUCCAUCGCUAACGCCUUGGAAGCCUCCCCGUUCUUGUCCCUGAGGAAGAUUUCUCAGCUAGCCGCCGAUCAGUUCCAGAGGGCCGGGCGAGACUUCAUGGAGAAGACCAUUGAGCUCGGGGUGGCGGAGCGUCCGAGCCGCCGUUGGGGGUUCUACCUGUUCCCCGACUGCUACAACUACGGCUGGGACCGGCCCGACUACACGGGGCGAUGCUCCGCCGAGGCCCGCGAGCAAAACCGGGAGCUGAUGUGGUUGUGGGAGCGCAGCACCGCCCUCUUCCCGUCUGUCUACCUGCACCCUGCCCUGCGGGAUUCCCCCCAGGCGGUUCUGUACGUGCGGUAUCGCGUGGGCGAGGCCCUGAGGGCGGCGGCCCUGCCCGGACGGCCGUACGCCGUGCCCACCUACGUCUACUCCAGAGCCCUGUACCGAGGCCAGAAGAGGAUUUUUGAGACCCCGGCGGACCUGGUGAGCACGGUGGGCGAGUCGGCCGCCCUGGGGGCCGCCGGCGUGGUCAUGUGGGGAGGAGGCGGAGACUACGACGACCAGGUAUCCUGCCAGGCGCUUUCGGACUACAUGACAGCCACGCUCAACCCGUACCUCGCCAACGUGACGGCCGCGGCCACGUUGUGCAGCCGGACCCUGUGCCAGGGGCGCGGCCGCUGCGUCCGGCGGAACUUCAACUCGUCCGCCUACCUCCACCUGGACGCCGGGCGCUUCGGCAUCCUGCGAGCCGACGGGAAGUACGUGGCGGUGGGCCUCCCGUCCGCCCGAAACCUGGACGCCUGGGCCCGGGAGUUCACGUGCCAGUGCUACGUCGGACAAGGCUGCGAGCCGCGGCUCACGCCGCCCGUCGCCGUCCAGGUCAUCAGGGUGUGAGGGGGCGCCCGGGAGAGCAAUUUAGGGUACAGUGGUACCGUUGAGUCCAAUUCUCAGCGCGAUGACCAAGGAGAGCCGCAGUCGCCGUUCGUCCAACGCGACAAACAGUCAAACAAAGGCAAAGGCAAAAUGAGAACAUUUGCAAAGGGUGGACUCGGACUCGGACUCCGACCCCCGAUGUGACCCUUUUUUCCAGCGGGACUUUGCCACACCAACACGUACAAAGUUAAUUGAGGAGCUUCAUUCUGCCUGACAGGGAACAAUUUUGAUGUGGGUUCAAAAAGUUUUAUUUACAUUUGCUGCCAUCUUGCGGGAUUACCAGGUCAUUUUAAACAUUGUCGUUUUUGCCGAUUUGCUGCCUCUUCGGCGGUGGGACUUCAAAUUAUUUCUUGCCAUUCUGUUGUGUUUCCUACAGUGUUGGUUUUUUUUUUUUUGUUUUUUUUUGUUUUGGUUUUUUUUUUUUGGGGGGGGGGAUUUUGAACAUGGAAUAAAGAAUUGUGACUUUUCUUUAGUGGGCAAUGGGAAAAUGGAUUUGAUUUAUGCGUAAAUUGAGUUACACGUUUAGCCACGGAAUUAGACUCGCCAGGCAAGGUACCACUGUACUCUAAUAUUAUUAUGAAAAAGCCUGUGUUGUCUUCAUUUGGUGUUCCUUUGCAUUAAAAAGAGACAAAUGUUGUCAAAAAGUUUGU